AUGUUCUCCUUUCCCGCCCAACUUGAGUCUGACCAGCAGACACGAAACUGGUACCAGGAUCUGCUAGACCACCCCGACUGCCAGGGCAGCCCAGAUAAAGUACAACAGGCCUAUGAGUCGUACAGACAAGCGAGUCUGACAAGGUCCAUUGCAUCCAUGACACGGGUGGAUGGUGAAUCUGCAAAGCCGAAAAUCACGCCUAGUCCGGCGCUUGUCCAGUAUUUGUCGUAUGCUGCAGCCACCAGUGCACCAGGGGACGUCGAAAAACAUUAUGGAGACGAGGCCGUCAACUGUAUGGUCAUUUGGGCGCGCCCAAGCCAUAAGAUUCUGGACCUCCUGAAUGGGUUACAGAAUAGACUGAAAGAUAUAGUAGGAACCGACAUGUGGUUUCCUGAAUCUUCGCGGCUGCAUCUAUCUGUUAUUGAGAUCUCACAUCGCCGUCCAAUGGCCCAUCUUCGGUCCGUGUAUGACCAGAUGGGGUCGGGGCUCGUCCAGGAAUUAUUGGACCACCCAGUCACUCUUAAUGCAACUGAUCAUAGGGCAGCUCGUCUCGGAAGACCGAUACUUCUCUUCGAUGGUGUUGGGGUGGCCAUCGCGUUUGUUCCGCUUGGGACAGAUCAGUACACCUACCACCACCUACGGAGGGACCUGCACAGUAUUGCAUUGCGCAGUGGAAUCACAACAGAUACAUGCUACACUGCCUGCAUGGCGCAUAUCACCCUUGGCCGGUUUGUAGAUACCAAGAACUUCUUCGAUUCAGAGAACGCUGAGACGGCGCUACAGCGGCUCAAGGUCUGGAUGGACACUAUCCAGUCCAUGAACGAGGAGCUAAAGGAGCGUUACUCGACCGAUGAGUGGGAGUGGACCGUCGGAGGAGAGAAAGGGCUAGAGCUGCAAAUGGGAAUGCUGAAGUUUGGACGUGCUACAGAUGCGGCUGAAAUGGUUGGACGGCGUUUUGGCGAAGAUGCUGGGCGGAUGCCGGAGAUGGCUAAUUAG